AAGCACUGUAAGCUACUUCUGUGCCAUAGCUUCAUAAGCAAAAGGCUGUUACAAACACUCUUCCACACUAUCUCCUUCUCUUUAUUCUUCUAAUGGAGUCACAUCUGGAUCUAAUUUCAAAGUCCUUGUUGAGCAGACCACAUCUUUUGGUUUGAACUCUAAAUGCUUAGCUGCUUGUUGACUCUGUAAAUGAAAGGUGUAAAUCCUGAAAACCUACCUACGAUGGACAGAUACUUUUCUUAACUGUACUUUCCAGAUUUAAAUAAAUAUCAUCCUUUUCAUUGCAGCAGCGGAGACAAAGGAAGAGCUUCAAACAGAAAUACUUCCUCUCUGCAAAGGAAGGUGCUGUUAUAGCUCUGACCAUUCAUUCAAGGAAAACUGGCAUAAAUGAGAAAUUCAACAUGUCUUCAGCCAUCGCUAGCUACUACUGUAGCUCUACCAGUCAUCUACUCUUUCCUAUUUACUACCGGCAGUUUUGGAAAUAUUCUCUCUGCCUGGAUACUUUCAAGGCAAACAUCUACAAAAAGAACACAAUACAUGUACCUGGCAAAUCUUGUCGCUGCAAAUUUACUUAUAUGUAGUACUAUGCCUUUUCUGGCUGCCUACUUUGCAAGUGGGUAUCAAUGGACAUAUGAUUCUGCAAUGUGUAGAAUAGCAAAUCACCUUGGAACUCUCAUUAUGCACGUCAGCAUGUAUGUAACCAUUACAAUUUUAUGUUCGAUUGCUCUAAGUCAGUAUGCAACACUGAAGAAAAGUAAUGACAUCACACAAUACUCUCAAACAGUUAAUGAGAGCUUUUACAGAUGUGUACUCGAAAAGUUUCGUCAGCCAAAAUUUGCUAAACACUUGUGUAUCACUAUAUGGCUUACUGUGGUGUGCGUAACUGUAAUAGCUAUAACAUAUGAUGCUGAGGUAAAGCCUUUGCAAAAAUUUCACAAAUGCUAUAAUAUCAAGGUAGAAGCUGGUGAAUACACCACAAAGAUUGCAGCUUCUGUUGCUACUGCAUGUUUUUUUGCAUCUUUUAUAACAGUAUUGAUGUCAUACUAUUCGCUUACCAGACAUCUGAGUAAAAUACAAAAAAACACCUGCAUUGGAAAGAAACAUCUAAUUUAUAAAACAGUCAAAAGAAACAUUCUUGUCAUCCAGAUAAUAUUAACUGUCUGCUUUCUUCCAUAUCACAUUUUUAGGCCAGUUUUUUAUGUUCUGCUUACAAAUAAAGACUGUCAAAGGUUAAACUAUCUAGUGGAAAUUAAGAAUUUCCUUACUUGCCUCGCUGCUGCUAAGAGUAGCUUAGAUCCACUUAUAACCCUUUUUAUAGAUAAAAGAUUUAAGAAAAGUCUGUAUGGCCUGUUUAGAAAAUCCACAUCAAAACACCACAAACGUACAGCUGAUAUUUUUACUGACGAGACCUCCCCAAAUAGGAAGAAAGAUGGAAAGAUGUCAGUGGAAUAUAACUAACAAUAAACUCAUUUUAACUAUCUAUUACAAGACUUCUAUGUGAAAUAAGUACUUAAAUAAAAUGAUAAAAUAUUA